GCAAUUUACAUUGACGGAAGCGAAAAUUUGCGAGAAUUACCGUCGCCGCUAGUGCAGGCUAACCUAGUUUUGCGGCUAAAUAAAAAGGGCGUGCACAAAAGGCUGAAACGACACCGUAGCUGGUGAACUCCGAGCUCCGACUCCAGAUGCUUGCAGAGUAGAGGUUUAGGGUUUUGGUCAGGCAAAUUGCGAAGUAGCAGAACAGAGAAACAAGGAGAGAGAGCGAGAGAUGGUGAGGCUGACGGCCGACUUGGUGUGGAAGAGCCCUCACUUCUUCAAUGCGCUCAAGGAGCGAGAGUUGGAUCUCCGAGGAAAUAAGAUUGCUGUAAUCGAAAACUUGGGAGCUACAGAGGACCAAUUUGACACCAUUGAUUUGUCUGACAAUGAAAUCGUCAAGCUCGAAAACAUGCCCUAUCUUAAUCGUUUGGGUACUUUGAUUAUCAAUAACAACCGAAUCACCCGUAUCAAUCCCAACAUUGGAGAGUUUUUGCCAAAGUUGCACACGUUGGUACUUACCAACAACAGGCUAGUCAACCUGGUAGAGAUCGACCCUCUUGCAUCCCUCCCAAAGUUGCAGUAUCUUAGCCUUUUGGAUAACAACAUCACGAAGAAACCCAACUAUAGGCUGUACUUGAUUCACAAGUUAAAAUCGCUUCGGGUUCUGGAUUUUAAGAAGGUGAAAAACAAGGAGAGACUGGAAGCACAAACCUUGUUUUCAUCAAAAGAGGUUGAAGAAGAGACUAGAAAGGUAUCCCCCCAAAAAUUCGUGCCUGCAGAAGUUCCAGAAGUUUCCCAGGAACAACAGGCUCCAAAAGUUGUUGCCCCCACACCUGAACAAAUUAUGAAAAUCAAGGCUGCCAUAGUGAAUUCCCAGACUCUUGAAGAGGUUGCUAGACUUGAAAAGGCACUGAAGUCGGGUCAGCUUCCUGCAGAUUUUGAAAUUUUUGAUGAUGAUGCUGAGCCCAAUAGUGUUCAAGAAAAGGAUGAUAAAAUGGACACAAAUAAUGAAAAUGAGGCUAUUACCGAACCUAAAGAUGUGAGGAGCAGAAGAACGAUGAAGCGGAACCGAUGGAACAGGAGUAGGAGACUCUGUAUGUAUCCUGGCAUCGUAAAGCCUGUCCGAAGUGAACUCCUUGGCUGCGCCUGGAAAAGUUUUUGAUUCGAAAAUUCCGCUGUUCCCUUAAGGCUUGAACUAUGUUCAAUGUAUGAGGGGUUUCUGCCUGUGUUAUAUUAGACCUGAGAACAACUCUUUUUCCCUAAUUAAUUAAUGCUAAUCUUUCCCUUUCUAGCAUCUCUUUUGGGAGAGCUGGAAUGGUGUCUGGGUGUUCUAUUCA